CCCAGAGCCGAGACGGACACCCCGGCCGGGUGUGUUCCGGAAGGCUACGGGGCGUAAGAGCCCGUGUCAGUGUUGCUGAGUGGGUGUUAGUCACCCGAGUAGCUAAGUGGGUGUUAGUCACCCGUGUAGCUGAGUGGGUGUUAGUCACCCAAAUAGCUAAGUGGGUGUUAGUCACCCGUGUAGCUGAGUGGGUGUUAGUCACCCGAGUAGCUAAGUGGGUGUUAGUCACCCGUGUAACUGAGUGGGUGUUAGUCACCCGUGUAACUAUAAGUUGGUGAAAUAAAAGAGUGUGCUACCCGUGAAGUCGUCUCCCGCCGAGUUACUACUCUACACAUACAUAAGAGACACUAAACGUCAGCAGUAGAAUAAAAUGGCCGAGCGGUAAAAUGCACUGUGAGACAGCAGUGAGUCGAGACUGAAAAAUGGGUCCCUCUAAGCUCUGCAAUGUACGAGUGUGGCAUGGGAGUGUAUGUGUUGUGUAUGUAAGCCUUGUAAGGGAUGUCAGGGGUGGGAAUGGAGAUGGAUAGUGUCAACACAUUCCAGGGCGUGUCACGUGAUAUGAUAUAUAAAUAAAACCGAAAGUGUUUGUACCGCACUUCUCUUUCUCACAUUCACGAGGCUUGUUACUGUGUUUGCGUAUCAUACGCAGCCAGCUACUGUCGAGAUAGAGCCAGAGACUGCCUGAGCUACAGACAGAGACUGCCUGAGCUACAGACAGCGACUGCCUGAUCUGCAACCAGCGCCCUGUCUCUGAGUGGAGCCACAGGAUCAUGGCGAGUGCGGCUCCCAGUGGUAGCGAGGCUCUAGGGGAGUUGACCUGCCCCAUCUGCCUGGACGCCUUCCGCUGCCCCUGCACGCUCAGUUGCGGCCACUCGUUCUGCCUCAAGUGCGUGGAGGGCGCCUGGGAUGCGACUAAGUCCUUUUCCUGCCCACAGUGCCGAGUGACUUUCCUUCAGAGGCCCAAGCUGAGCAAGAACUUCACUCUCGCCAACCUGGUGGAGCAGCGCAGUGCUGCAGAGAAAAUAGCCACAGUGGUCUUGUGUGACUUCUGUAACGAUGGCACGACCGCUGCCUUAAAAACCUGCCUCAGGUGUGAUACCUCCUACUGUGUGACUCAUGUAAAGCCUCAUCAGGAGAACCCGAAGUUCAAGGACCACAUUCUGGUGGCUCCAGCCACGAAUCCUGAAGACCGCAAGUGCAAGACGCACAGAAAGGAGCUAGAGUUUUACUGCCGACAGGACAAGAGCUUGGUCUGCAUAACCUGCACCAUCGCAGGAGACCACAAGGGUCACGAUGUGGCUACGCUGGAGGAUGAGCACAAGACACGGGAGAAACAAGUGGGAGAGGAGACGCGGGCGGUGGAGGAGAAGAGGAGGGAGGCGGAGGAGUCCGUGAGGUGGAUGGAGGCCACUCGCAGGGACGUGCAGGGAUCGAUGACCGGGGUGAGGAAGCGAAUCAAUGGCGAGUUCGCCCACAUGAGAGCAGCUCUGGACGAGGACGAGAAGGCGGCUCUGGCUCGUGCGGCCAAGAAGGAGCGCGAGCUGCUGACCCAGAUCGAGAAGAACAUCGCUCACUACCAGCGCGAGAUCGGCGAGCUCCAGGCAGCAGCCGCUCGUCUGGAGGGCCUAGCGCAGGAGAGGGACUCGCUCGCCUUCCUGCAGGGAUCGAUGACCGGGGUGAGACAGCGAAUCAACGGCGAGUUCGCCCGCAUGAGAGCAGCUCUGGACGAGGACGAGAAGGCGGCUCUGGCUCGUGCAGCCAUGAAGGAGCGCGAGCUGCUGACCCAGAUCGAGAAGAACAUCGCUCACUACCAGCGCGAGAUCGGCGAGCUCCGGGCAGCAGCCGCUCGUCUGCAGGCCCUAGCGCAGGAGAGAGACUCGCUCGCCUUCCUGCAGGGGCACCUGGAAGAGACGUGCAGGAGAGGGCAGCCUAGAAAAGCUCCACCCUCAGCUCCCAACCAAGAGGACAUUGCCUCACUUAAAGGCAUCGAGGGAACUGUGGCCAAACUCAUGUACGGUUGCUCACCGACUCUGGACACAAACUCAGCUCAUAACCAGCUCCAGAUCUUCUCGGAUCUCAGGACGAUGACAGCGGUCUUUGCCUCCCAGGGUCGCCCCGAUCACCCACACCGGUUUGAUGGCUGUGCACAAGCCCUGUGCUGUGAGAGCUUCUCGUCGGGCCACCACUACUGGGAGGUGGACGUGGGGGACGCGCGGUGGUGGCGGGUUGGAGUCGCAUACGGGACGAUCCCACGGAAAGGGGAUGUUGCUGCACAGCUGCUGGGAGGGAGCGUCGCGUCCUGGUGUUUAGAGAAACGUGACGACAGCUUCUCAGUGGUUCAUGGUGUAGUGAAGACUGCACUGUCGGUGAGGGGGGCCCCCUCCCCCCGCAGAAUCGGGCUUCACCUGCACUGGGAGGGGGGGCUCCUGGCGUUUUACCGCGCCGACUCCAUGGAGGUGAUCCACGAGGUCCGGCAGAGAUUCUCGCAGCCUCUCUACCCUGGGAUGUUCGUGAAUUAUUAUAAUCAACCAUUGAAGAUCGUGGAUCUAAGUCGUGCAUCCUGAGGAUGAGGAGAGACAGAACGCCAAUAAACGGUGGAGAGGGGGAUGGUGAGGAGAGGGUGAAGUGAGGAUGAAGGGAAGGUGGAACGGAGGGUGAGGUAAGGUUCAAGUUCAUGUAUUAGGUAUAGCCCUGUGAGCCAUUCGGCUCUUGAAUCGGGUGCAACCGCAACAAACAGAAAACAAACAAAAUUAACAAAAACAUCUUAAAGUGAAUAUGUGACUGAGUGCAAACAGAAAUCCAAGAAAAGACAGCAAAAUAUUGCAGAAAAAAAUCACCGUACACCAACGAUGUGUGCAAAAAUCCCAGUGGGAUGCAAGUCAAACAACCAACAACAACCACAAGACAACUUAGAUUAAGGCCAUCAGUCUAACUCUGUACUACAACAACACAAACAUGGCUAAACCAAUAUACUUUUCGAAAUCACCAAAAUAAAGCCAUGAAAGCAAUGAAACAGUGAUCAUAGGAACUGUGAUGGAAUUUUCACAAUAAAUGGCAUAAACAACAUGUAACCCAUCAUGGGACCUCCUUUGCCAGUACCAAAAUAUACUAAUAGGGGUUUUUCCCCUUUUUUUCUGGCAACAAAACUGACACCUUUUGCAAGGAAUAAUGCUUACAUUAUCCACAAUACUUGCAGUUAAAUGCAAACACAAAACAAUACUCUGAUAAUUUAUGCAUUGUCUUUGAAACUGAUUGGUCCACACCAGAGACAGCUUUCUUUGGAGCCUAGUCUCAUAUGGUGUUCGACAAUGCAUAAAUUAUCAGAGUAUUGUUUUGUGUUUG